ACCGAAACAGCAUCUCUGCUGCCCUGUUUCUCCACUGGGUGGCGCAGCACCUUUACUCCACGAACUACGACUCCCAGAAGGCUGUGCGCUCCCGCCUCCCCAUCCCCGGUGCGGGCGGGUUUCCCCCCUGGAGCUUCCUUGGCGCGCGGCUCGGAAGAUGGACCUGCGCGCCUUCGAGGAGGACAACGCGGUGAGCUGCCUGCUGGACUCCGCGGCGCCCGCCGCCUGCCGGACCCAGCCCUGCUGCCUGGGCAUCGAUGAAGCCGGAAGGGGGCCCGUGCUCGGCCCCAUGGUUUAUGGAAUCUGUUACUGCCCUGUGGCCCGGCAGGGAGAUCUGGAGGCGAUCAAAGUGGCAGAUUCAAAGACUCUAACAGAGGCUCAGCGGGAGCAGCUCUUUGAGAAGUUGGAUGCAGCCAAGGAUUUUGUAGGUUGGGCCCUGCACAUUCUCUCACCCAACUUCAUCUCAACUAGCAUGCAGAGGCGAGCAAAGUACAAUCUGAAUGCACUUUCUCAUGAUACAGCCAUUGGGCUCAUCCAGCAUGCGUUAGACUCUGGAGUGCAGGUUGCAGAGGUCUUUGUGGACACUGUGGGCCCAGCAGAGAAGUACCAAGAGAAGCUAAAGCAACAAUUUCCCGGGCUGGAGGUUACUGUGAAGCCAAAGGCAGAUUCUCUCUUUCCUGUUGUCAGUGCAGCCAGCAUCUGUGCCAAGGUAGCCAGGGAUCGGGUUGUGAAAAACUGGAAAUUUGUUGAAGCUCUGGAGAAUGUGGACUCAGACUAUGGUUCAGGCUAUCCCAAUGACCCCAAGACUAAAGAGUGGCUCACACAAUGUUUGGACCCUGUAUUUGGCUUCCCCCAGUUUGUGCGAUUCAGUUGGAGUACAGCCCAGGUCAUCCUGGAGAACAAAGCUGUGGCUGUUCGCUGGGAUGAUACUGAAGAUGACCCAUCCCAGAAGAGUGCACAAUCCCUGCUGAGCUACUUUGCCCGAAAAGACACCCCCACCAGGCGCACUGCCCACCGCUUCUUUUAUGAACGCAAGCUUGAGACAGUGACUAGCCUGUAGGGGGCAGCAACUUUAUUCACUUCAUGUUGGGAUCAUCUUUCUUGGAUUCUACAGGAAACUUCUGGAUUGUCUCUUAAUUGGAGGCUGUAAAUUCUUUGAGCUAGAACUACGCAGGGGACCUGUGUGUGAUGGCAUCAAAAGACAGAGAAAUGGACUGGUCAAGUUUUUCUCUUUCUGGAGACCUUUGUGUUUGUUUUUUACUUAUUUUUAGUAAAAAUUUAAAAACACCAACAA